AUGGCCUACCAACAGGAUGGCGGCGCCGCUAGGGGCAGAAGUAUCCUGAGCGCCCUGGCAGCCUCGGAGUUGCUGGAUUCUAAGUCCAAGUUACCAGCCGAGCUCCUCGUGGCUGUGCUUGACUAUCUCCCAGUUGCCGACCAACUGCGUGUGGCCAGAACGUCCCGACGAAUGCAAGAGAUGGUUUACGACGAUACCCGAUGGGUCUCAAGGCUAAAAAGUAUGGGAUGCUGGAACGAGCGAGAGGCCAGACAGCGAUUCGACGAAGCAAUGCGAAAACGACGAGAGCAGCAAGCAGCCGCUACCGCCAACGGUGCACCGCUCAAGUCACCAGACAUUACAAUAUUCGACGCAACAACAGAAGAAGAUCGCCGAAAAAGAGCAACAUCGGACCUGAGAGAUGGCUUCCAAACAAUGACAUUGGGCGGCCCUGCAGACCCGUCGCAAGACUCGGCGGCAUAUCUCAAUAUCUUCAAGACGGCAAGGAGUGUUCGAGGCGGCGCGCGACAAGAAUACGGAAAAAUAUACAGAGCACUAGCACCAUUUUAUUUCGACAUCUCAAAAGCAAAAUCCCACACCGAUCCAAUCGUCUUCAAGGCGUUCCGCGAGCCCGAGAGUCAGGCUCAGAUGCUUGCCAAUCUGAAGCGCUUCGCACGCAGUGACUGGUCAUCAGGCGCAGAAACAAGAGAGGCUCGCCUCACAUCCAUGAUGACCAUUUUUGAAAAAGCAGUUCUUCGAGAGUUUGAACAGGGAUAUGAGUUUUGGGACGUUGACGGACGCAUGCACCGGUACGCCGGCGUACUGUACAUGCUGAGCGGCGCCAAGAGUGGUGUCAACCUCUUCCUCUCCAAACACCCGAUAUUCAGCGAUCGAGAUGUUGCUCUCGACCCGCUAGAUUGUAUCAAUCACUCCACAGAUGGCACGGUUUCGCUGGACCCAUCAAGGACGUUUUUUGCUAAGACUCUAGCCAAAGUCAACGACCAAGAUUCGGUAAUAGCACGUAUCUUUCCCAAUGCUGCAGAGGUCUUUUGGGAGCUUGUUGAUAAGGUCCGCGAAGAAAUUAUCAUGGAGUACACUAACACGCUAUUUGAUGAAUGCCACGAGCGGGGGUUGGCAGCAUAUCUGGCAGCGUUUUCCGGAGUUUUUGAACAAGCAACGCAUUUUUACAAGUCUCUUCGACCAGCUGCGGAGCAAAGAGAAAUCAUCUUGGAAAAGUCAAAGGAGUUUCUUCUCAAGACUUUUGAGCCUCAUAUGGACCUGUACCUGCAAGAAGAGCUCGAAUGGUUUACCAAGGAAGCCGAGAACCAGGUUUCUGACUGGGAAAAGAAGCUUUCAGAACAGGACACUUCACUUGAGAACUUUUACAUGGCGAAUAUUAACCGUUCAGCUGAAAAGAAGGAUUUCCUCAGCUCUUUCAAAAAGGUUGUUAUGAUGCCGGUGACGGUACUGCCUAGCUUUCCCAUCGGGUCGCCGUUUGCUGCAAAGCCUACAGCUAGCACAGAAGUUACACCUGGUCCAUCGCGCCCGGAUACGCCGAGCAUCAUACCAGGAGACAAGGCCAUUGCUAAUAAGGUGCCUACGGAUGAGCUUGCUGCCAAGGCGGCCAUUAUGGCGUCAAAGCUAGAGGGAAUCAAGUCACUCUGCAGCAUUGAGGUCGCCCUUGGGUUGGUCCACACGGCACAAACGAGCCUUGGACGUGCUGCUCUUCUAAUUCCCCUCGGGGGCCAGAUUGGCGGCGAAGCAAAGGAACAGUGCUCGAGUAUCUUUGUUGUGCUGCUGCGCAUUCUGGGGGAACGCCAUGUGCGAAGCGGUUUUGACACGGCUGUAGAUCAUCUCUCACACUAUAACCCACGCGAUGUCAGCAAGCACGACCAGUCUGGCGUAGCGCCGCUGGUGACGUUUAUCGAACUCGUCAACGUUGGCGACCUGAUUUCCCAGAUGGUGGAUGUCUUUUACGAACAGCAGCUCGCGGCACCCAAGAUUGUCGACAAGAACGACUUCUUGGACGCGUCGAGCAUGGCCAAGAAGAAGUUUGAGCAGAUGCUGGAUGAGAGUGUCGCAGCUGGCCUCAACAAGGGCAUUGAUGUGCUCAUGGACGAAGUCGAGUACUUAAAUGCCACGCUACAGCUACCGACAGACUACAAUCCGGCACCGAAGCCUGCGGGGAUGGACAAGCGCGGCAGCUUGGCUGUGGACAUGGAUAUCGGGGCGACAGAUACGGCGAAGCGCAUUGUCGACCUUGUAUCGUCGCACACAAACAUGCUGGUCGGCACAACGGACAAGUCCAUGCUAGACGUAUUCAAUGGCGAAGUCGGGCUGCGCCUCUUCACUGCCAUCACCAAGCACCUUAAGCGGCAGCGCAUCAGCGUGGACGGCGCAAUCAAGGUCAUUGCCGACAUGAACUGCUACUUUGAGUUUAUCCGCACCCUCAAGAAUCAGGACUUGCUGCCGUACUUUCGCGCCCUCCGUGAGCUGAGCCAGAUUUACCUUAUCGACCCGAGCCACGCAAAGGACAUGGCGACGGUGAUUGCCGACGGAGACCGCUUCAGUGGUGUCUUUCGCGCAGAAGAAGUCUACGAGUUUGCCCAGCGCCGCGCUGACUGGUACCAGGUCAAGAAGAGCGUUGAGCGAGCCAUGUACGGCAUGGACUGCUGUAUCAUGUAA